GAAAAGAGAGAGAGAGAGAGAGAGAGAGAGAAGAAAAAGGUAAAACGCAAAAAGAAAGUUUGGAGCUUCUCUGUGUGUGCAUAUCUCUCCCAGAUUCAUCAGAUCCCAGCCAAAGCAAAAGCCUCUCUCUCUCUCUCUUCACUUUCUCUCUCUACCCCUUCUUUUCAGUUUCUAUCUUCUCUAGAGCUUUCUUCACCCUCUUAUCACUUUCUUUCUUCUUUGCUCUUUCUACACCAUUGAAACUUAUCCUUCAUGUUUUCAUUUUCUUGAGCUUUCUUUCUCUCUCUCCGUUUUGUUUUGUUUUGUUUUUUUUUAUUUUUUUUGUUAUUGUUUUUGUUUUGAAAAUGGGAUGUGGGUCGUUUUCUGUAAACACCUUCUGAGUCUUCGUUCGGCCUAAGGAGUGUUGGAGCAUUCAGAUCUGGAGUUUGAUUUUCUUGAAUGGUAGUUUCUUAGGGUUUUGGGGCAAGUGUUUGAAUUAAUUCAAAUUCAGUUUCUCCUGUGAUAUUAUCCAACCGUUCAACUUCAGAUUUUUUCCCUCUGGGUAUCUGUGGUUUCAAACCCACAAGAUGCAGAGACCUCCGCCAGAAGACUUCUCUCUGAAGGAGACCAACCCCCAUCUGGGUGGGGGGAAGAUCACCGGGGACAAGCUAACCAGCACCUAUGAUCUCGUUGAGCAAAUGCAAUACCUCUAUGUCCGGGUUGUCAAGGCCAAGGACUUGCCUGCAAAGGAUGUCACUGGAAGUUGUGACCCUUAUGUUGAAGUUAAGCUUGGGAACUAUAAGGGUACCACUCGGCAUUUUGAGAAGAAGACCAAUCCUGAGUGGAACCAGGUGUUUGCAUUCUCGAAAGAACGGAUCCAGGCUUCUGUGCUUGAGGUUACUGUAAAGGAUAAGGAUGUUGUGAAGGAUGAUUUCAUAGGUCGUGUUUUGUUUGACCUGAAUGAGAUCCCGAAACGAGUUCCGCCGGAUAGUCCUCUGGCGCCACAAUGGUAUAGGUUGGAAGAUCGAAAAGGGGAUAAGGCUAAGGGAGAGCUGAUGCUGGCUGUUUGGAUGGGCACCCAAGCAGAUGAAGCAUUCCCUGAAGCAUGGCAUUCUGAUGCAGCAACAGUAAGUGGAACCGAUGGCCUUGCAAAUAUUCGGUCCAAGGUAUAUCUCUCUCCUAAGCUAUGGUAUUUGAGGGUUAAUGUUAUUGAAGCACAGGACUUGCAACCGACUGAUAAGGGCAGGUUUCCCGAAGUCUUUGUGAAGGCUGUCCUGGGAAAUCAGGCUUUGAGGACUAGAAUUUCUCAGAGCAGGAGUAUUAAUCCCAUGUGGAAUGAAGAUUUGAUGUUUGUAGCUGCAGAACCAUUUGAGGAGCCUUUGAUUCUAAGUGUGGAAGACAAAAUUGCGCCUGGUAAAGAUGAAGUGCUGGGGAGGUGUGCAAUUCCCCUACAGUAUUUGGAUAGAAGGUUAGAUCAUAAGCCUGUAAACACUAAGUGGUACAAUCUUGAAAAGCAUGUAAUUAUAGAAGGGGAGAAAAAGAAGGAUACCAAGUUUGCAAGCAGGCUACAUAUGAGGAUCUGUCUUGAAGGUGGUUACCAUGUUCUUGAUGAAUCAACACAUUAUAGCAGCGAUCUCCGUCCAACAGCAAAACAGCUGUGGAAGUCGAGCAUUGGGGUUCUCGAAUUGGGAGUUCUGAAUGCUCAGGGGUUAAUGCCAAUGAAGGAAAAAAAUGGAAGGGGAACAACAGAUGCUUAUUGUGUGGCAAAAUAUGGGCAGAAGUGGGUUCGAACAAGAACCAUUAUUGACAGCUCUAUGCCCAAGUGGAAUGAGCAAUAUACUUGGGAAGUUUUUGAUCCUUGUACUGUCAUAACAAUUGGGGUCUUUGACAACUGUCAUUUACAUGGAGGUGAUAAGGCUGGAGGGGCAAAAGAUUCAAGGAUUGGGAAGGUGAGGAUUCGUCUUUCCACCCUUGAGACUGAUAGGGUGUACACACACUCAUAUCCACUUCUAGUUCUCCACCCAAAUGGGGUGAAGAAGAUGGGUGAAAUACAUUUAGCUGUGAGGUUCACUUGCUCUUCUUUGCUUAAUAUGAUGCACAUGUACUCACAGCCGUUGUUGCCCAAAAUGCAUUAUAUCCAUCCAUUAACUGUUAGCCAGCUUGAUAGCUUGAGGCACCAGGCCACUCAGAUUGUGUCAAUGAGGCUGAGCAGGGCUGAGCCCCCAUUGAGAAAAGAAGUGGUGGAAUAUAUGCUGGAUGUGGGCUCCCAUAUGUGGAGUAUGAGAAGAAGCAAAGCUAAUUUCUUCAGGAUUAUGGGAGUUUUGAGUGGGUUAAUAGCUGUAGGAAAAUGGUUUGAUCAAAUCUGCAACUGGAAAAACCCCAUUACAACUGUGCUGAUUCACAUCUUAUUUAUAAUACUGGUCAUGUACCCUGAGCUCAUAUUACCCACAAUUUUCCUCUACCUCUUUUUGAUUGGUGUUUGGUAUUAUAGAUGGAGGCCGAGGCAUCCUCCUCACAUGGACACCCGUCUAUCCCAUGCAGAUUCUGCACAUCCUGAUGAACUUGAUGAAGAAUUUGAUACAUUCCCAACUUCGCGGGGUUCUGACAUUGUAAGGAUGAGAUAUGAUCGGUUGAGGAGUAUUGCUGGGAGAAUUCAGACAGUGGUCGGUGACUUGGCCACUCAAGGUGAAAGGCUGCAAUCUUUGUUGAGCUGGAGAGACCCAAGGGCUACAGCUCUGUUUGUGAUCUUCUGUUUGAUUGCUGCCAUUGUGCUGUACGUUACUCCAUUCCAAGUUGUGGCCCUCCUCACUGGAUUCUAUAUUCUGAGACAUCCAAGAUUCCGUCACAAGCUUCCAUCGGUGCCUCUCAAUUUCUUCAGGAGGUUGCCGGCAAGAACUGACUGCAUGCUAUGAGCAAAAAGCCUAAAAGGGGCAGUUAAUGAAGAAGAUGAAGUACACCAUAUGGAUCUUGUUUGUUUUUCAAUGUCUAGCAGCAAUGAAGAUGAAGACGAUGGAAAACCAAGAGCUUUUUAUUUGCUUUCAAUAGUAGCGGCUGCUGUAUGUGGACCUUUUAACCUUCACCUGAAGGUAGUAGAUUUUCAUGGACUUUCAGUUCAUUUUCUCGGCUACAAGAUUUCUGUUUCGAACUUGACUUCUUGUUAAAUCAAUCCAUGUCAUUUGUAAUUUUUGUAGGCUGUGAUUGGAAUUAGCUUAUGUGUUGAAGCUUUUAUCUCUCUGCUUUAUUACGUUUUUAGUAAAUUUAAUCAGAAUGGGAAUUUUGGCCCUAUUACAUUUUC